CACAUGUUCCAAAAUGGCGGACGAAGAGAAACUCAGUAAGAAUGAGCGUAAGCGACGAGAGAAGGCUGCAAAAAAAGCCAAAGAGAAGGAGGAAAAGGCCAAGUUGCAGGCUGAUAAAGAAACACAACCACAGCAGGAAGUGAAAAAAAAAAUAAGUGAAGAAGAUGAAACGUUGGAUCCAAGGCAAUAUUUUAAGAUUCGAUCUCAGACCAUCGCACAAUGGAAAGAAAAUGGAGAGAAUCCUUAUCCACAUAAAUUCCACGUUUCUAUAUCACUAGCUGCGUUUCUAGACAAGUAUAACCAUCUAAAAGCUGAGGAAAAGCUUCAAGAUGAGGUCACAGUGGCAGGAAGAGUUCAUGCAAAAAGGUUAUCCGGAGCUAAACUUAUUUUCUACGAUCUCAGGGCAGAAGGUGUCAAGUUACAGAUUAUGGCUAAUGCCAGAUUUUUUGCCUCAGAAGAUGAAUUCUUUGAAAUAAAUGAGAGAAUCAGAAGAGGUGAUAUUAUUGGUGUAAAAGGAAAUCCAGGUAAAACAAAGAAGGGAGAGCUAAGUAUUAUGCCAACGCAUAUGCAGAUUUUAUCACCGUGUCUACACAUGUUGCCACAUCUUCACUUUGGUCUUAAAGAUAAGGAAACAAGGUUCAGACAGAGAUACCUGGAUUUAAUUAUAAAUGACACUGUCCGACAGAAGUUUGUUACAAGAGCUAGAAUUGUUAACUACGUUCGCAAAUAUUUAGAUGAACUUGGAUUUCUUGAGGUUGAAACACCAAUGAUGAACAUGAUUGCUGGCGGUGCUACAGCCAAACCGUUCGUAACGCAUCAUAACGAUUUAGAUAUGGAUUUAUUUAUGAGAGUGGCGCCUGAACUAUAUCAUAAGAUGUUAGUAGUGGGUGGUAUUGAUAGGGUCUAUGAGAUUGGAAGACAGUUUCGUAAUGAAAGUAUAGAUCUAACGCAUAACCCUGAGUUUACAACUUGUGAAUUCUAUAUGGCCUAUGCUGAUUAUAAUGAUCUUAUGGAAAUGACGGAGUCAUUGAUUGCAGGAAUGGUUAAAUCAGUACAUGGGAGCUACAAAAUAGUGUAUCACCCUGAAGGACAGGACGGGGAAGAGGCCUGGGAAGUUGAUUUCACGCCGCCAUUUCGUCGUAUUCGUAUGAUUCCAGAUCUUGAAAAAGAGCUUGGUGUGAAAUUACCAGCAGCUGAUAGUUUUGAUUCACCAGAGACCAAUAAAUUCCUUGAUGAUCUUUGUGUAAAGCUAGGUGUUGAGUGUACGCCGCCAAGAUCAACAGCCAGACUGCUUGAUAAGGUUGGUCUAUAUUAUUCUUCAUGGUCUGGAUACAGCCUGAGGGCAUGCAGCAGGAGUGCCCAAGCUUGCGAGGAUGCGCAUAGAACAAUAAAAGGACUGACAGAACGAUUUGAAUUAUUCGUAUGUAAGAAAGAAGUCGUGAAUGCCUACACCGAACUGAAUGAUCCGGCCGUACAAAGAAAAAUGUUUGAACUGCAGGCAGACGCCAAGGCUGCGGGUGAUGAUGAAGCACAAGGCGUGGAUGAUGGUUUUUGUACCGCACUGGAGUAUGGUCUUCCACCAACUGGCGGAUGGGGUAUGGGUAUUGACAGACUCACAAUGUUUCUCACAGACUCCAAUAAUAUCAAGGAAGUGCUGUUUUUCCCAGCCAUGAGACCAGAACAGCCAGAAACAACUCAGACAGAGACUGACGCCAAUAACCUGGAAGGAAAGAUUGAAAAUAAAAAAUAGAUUACCUUACUCUACACAAAUCAGAAAUGACAUUUUAAGCUGGAGUGGAGUGAGCUGUGAGGAUCAUACAUGUUUCCUGGCAUCCAUUUAACAUAUCUGAAAUAUGAUGUAAUAAUUUCAUCAGUUGUAAUUUCUUGACUUUCAUGAAUCUAUGGUGUGUUCUUACAGUUUCUCAAUUACAACACUCGUACCAUUGCUACGAAAGCUGUUAAAACUGUUAUCCAUAUAGAGGAUUUUUUGUACCUAAAUCACUGAAUGUAUAAAAAAAGCCCCAUGUUUUACUUAUUUUAAUAAUUAUCAAUUGUUUAUGAAGAGGAUUGCGAUGUUUUCCAAUUAUUCAACCAGUCUGCAGUGGUAACACUGGUGGAAUUCGGUGGAGGGUGCGUUUCACAAUGGGGAAUCCCAUUUCACAUUGUAACUGCAUUUGAGCUGAUAAAAUCAGCUUAUAUAUAUUAUAUGUACAUUACCUGCUGAUGCCAAUUGUUCCCAUUCAUCUUGACUAUCCUUGGAGACACAUGUUAAAUUUAGUGGUCCUAAGGAAUCAAAGCAAUUUUUACUCGGGUCCUAGGGAGCCACAGAGACUUUCAUAAAAUGUUCGUAAGAAUGCCCUUGUCAAAUUACAUUAAUAGUGAAAAUUAUAUCAUUCACAAGAAUUGUAAAUUGAUAGGUUUUAAUGCAAAUGCUACCACAAUAGUUGUACUUCCAUGCAAUCAAACAAAGAGUCUGUUGUCAAUUCAUAAAGCAGUGUUUCCAUAUUCCCUCCAACGUAUGCUAGAAGUAACCACACAUAAGAUAUGUCUGUUUUAAAACCAAGACCAAAGUGAUGAUAAACAAUCAUGUGAUUGAAUAUAAAUAAAUUUAUGAAUACCGCCACCA